UCCGCAUUUGCUUCCAGUUUACCCAACUUGUGGACACAAAACAUCUGCAUUUCAGUGGACCUCCCUUACUAUGUCUGAAAUAAAAGAGUUUUACAGAAAGUUUUACGAAAUGAAAGAAAAAAUAUUCCAGAACAAUUUUAUUUUGAAAUAUUCUAAAACCGUUCCUGUAAAGCGUAAACGACCAAAAAAUUCUCGACAUACCGAAAAAUUGUUCCAAGCCCAAUUUUACAUCCUCACUCAGCAAAAGCGAGUUUUGCCUGUUUGCAAACAAGCUUUCCAGGAAGUUUUGUGCAUAACUAGAAGAAGAAUUGACACUGUCACUAGAAACUUUUUUAAUACCUCUCUACCAGCAAAGGAAAAUCGUGGAGGCGACAGAAAAUUGGAAAGCAACAGGGUAAAGAAAGAUACAGUUAUGAAUUUUAUAAACAAAUUUAAGGCAAUUGAGUCCUACUACUGCCGAGGACAAAGCUAACGCUUAUAUCUUGACUCCU